AUGGCGUCUUUUUCUGGACUGGCGGCCGAAGUCUUAGAGUACAUCGUCACCUACCUUCCUCAACGCGACAUACAUGCUAUAUGUCAACUUGACAAGUACUUUCAUGCGCUUGCCGUACCUUUGAUGUACUGCAGCGUCGACCUCUCCAUAUCGCCCGAUGGCAGACUACCCAGAAUAGACCGCUUCUGCCAAAACAUCGUCAAUGACAGCAAGAAAGCCAAGAGGGUACACACCAUCCGCAUGGGUAAAUCUCCUCGUCAGGCUGUUGAGGAUGGGGAGACUUCGCUACCGCGUGAUGAGAGUUUUGACGAUCAACUCAUAUUCCAGAAAGCCAAGGCUAUCUUGAACGAUCCGAUACUGGAGAAAGCUACUCAGGGGCUGCAAGAGUCUGUUGAAAAUCGACAGUACGCCGCCUACGCAGCUCUUAUCCUACUGCUCAUUCCAUGCCUACAUCGUCUAGAGGUAGCAGGGGCACCGUCUUUGACUUGCGAUCUCUUCUUCGACCACGAGAAAUGGGAGAAACGUCCGAUCACAAAUACGUGUCGAGAAAGGUGGUAUUUCGAUCUGUCAUUCUGGAACCGCAGUUUACAGAACGAAGAAUACCUCGAGAUCCUUGUCUUUCCGUUCCCCCUUGACGUGUCAGAACUAUUCACAACUCUGUCGCUUGAAGAGCUGGAGCAUGAGGCUGCGCAUAUGAAAAGGGCGAGAAUGGACGUUUUGUACAUGUUCGAGACGUCGCUCACAUUCCUCGGCCAAAUUGAGCAUCUGGAGUCUCUCUCUGUAUGGCAGCCUGCUCAUAAGGGACUGCAGUGGUCUGAUGAGCAGAUGGAAGAAUUUGCCAGUGCAUGUCGGGAUAAGGACGUCACGGGUAGGAUCAUGCUGCCGAUGCUGCUGAGGACGGGAAAGACAGGAGACUGGGAUCUUUGCAAAGAGAUUACAGUAUUUGAUAGGAAGAAUCCGGAGGAUGGGACAAAGACCAGGCUUCUGAGAGGGGAGUGGGAAGGGAGACCAGUGGGGUUGGCAAGUCAGUAUCAUUUGCAUGCUCUCAAGACGCAUCAGGUGAUGAUCGAGUAA